UACCCCUCCUAACUGGACUGUGGUAAAAUUGACCCUUUACUAAUACAGUUGACUCUGGUAAGGGCAUUCAUGUAAAUUAAUAAUAAAAAUCCAAUACUGUGGAUAAGUACAGAGAAAACCCAUGUCAGAAUAAGAGAAGAGAAAAGAAAAGAAAAGAAAAAACCUUCCUCCUGUUCUUGAUAAGAAAAGAUCACAACCUCAGAUUCCAUUCUGUUCCCCAAUGUUUUCUGGGUAAAUUCUCAAUCGGCCGGAAAAUAAUAAUGGGUUUGCGUCUAAAUAUUCAGUGAGAAAACGACAACUAUGGGAGGAGAAGUAGAAGAACAAGAGAAACGACAUUCCAGUCUCCGGCAAACCAUAGAAUUCUUAUCGUCGUUGAUAUCGCUUUCCCAUUCCAUCAAAGUCUUCGCCGCCAAAUGGCAAUCGAUUCGGAGCAAGCUCGAGGACCUGAACGGCGGCCUCAUCGCCGUCGAGAAUUGCGACUCCGAUGACAAUCCGGUGAUCAGAGAGCUCGUUCUCAACCUCAUGGUGACGAUCACAGAGUGCUACGAUCUCGCCCGUCGCUGCGUGGAUUUCUCCUACAGUGGGAAGCUUCUGAUGCAGAGCGAUUUGGACGUGAUUUCGUCGAAAUUCGAUGCCCACUCCAAGAGGCUCUCGGAAAUCUACGACGCCGGGAUUUUGACCGUCGGAUUCGCGCUCGUCGUCUCGCGGCCGAACUUCGGAGCUUGCAGGGAGGAUAUGAGGUUUUACGUCAGGGAUUUGGUGACGAGGAUGAAGAUUGGAGAUUCGGAGAUGAAGCGACAGGCUUUGAUGAAUCUGCAUUUGGCUGUGACCGAGGACGAGAAGUACGUCAACGCUAUUGCCGAGCUCGGGGACGUCGUUAACGUUAUCGCGAACUUUCUCGAUUCGCCGGAGACGGAAAUCCAGGAAGGAUCGGCGAAGGUGAUGUCGGUGAUCGCCGGUUUCGAUUCGUGCAAGAAUGUUUUGAUCGGAGCGGGGGCAAUCGCGCCGUUGGUUCGGGUUCUGGAGAGCGGGAAUGAGCCCGGGAAGGAAGCGUCCGCCAGGUGUUUGAUGAAACUCACCGAGAAUUCCGACAACGCCUGGUCGGUUUCGGCCCACGGAGGAGUCACGGCGCUGCUCAAGAUAUGCUCUUUACCCGACUGCCGAGCCGAAUUGAUCGGCCCGGCCUGCGGAGUGCUGAAGAAUCUCACAGGAGUCGAGGAAAUGCGGCGGUUCAUGGCAGAAGAAGGCGCGAUUUCGACGUUCACCAAGCUUGCUCGGUCCAAGGACGAGACUGUUCAGAUAAACUCCAUAGAAUUGCUUAACAACAUCACCUUCGGGGACGAAGUAAUCCGGGAAAUGGUCGUCAAAGAAGGCGGGAUUCGAGCAUUGUUGCGAGUCAUCGAGCCUCGAUCGCCUUGCAGCUCGAAAACCCGAGAAACGGCACUUAGAGCAAUACAAAAUAUGUGUUUCGCUUCAAAUAGUUUAGUUGGGAUUCUGCUGAAUUACUCGUUUGUGGAUCACCUCAUCUUCUUCCUACGAAAUGGGGAAGUCUCAGUCCAAGAAUUGGCGCUAAAAAUCGCCGUGAGGCUCUCGGGGACAUCGGAGGAAGCGAAGAAAGCGUUGGGCGACGCCGGGUUCAUGCAAGAGCUCGUCAAGUUUCUGGAUUCCAAGUCGUUUGAAGUUCGUGAAAUGGCCGUUGAGGCAUUGUCGGGAAUGGUUUUGGUGCCCAGAAACAGAAAAAGAUUUGCGCAGGACGACAGAAACAUUGGCCUGAUUCUCCAAUUGCUUGAUCCGGAAAAGGAAAACUCGGGCAACAGAAAGUUGUUACUUUCAAUACUUAUGUCGUUGACUAGUAGCCACAGUGGGAGAAGGAAGAUUUCGAGUUCUGGGCAUCUCAAGAACGUUGAGAAGCUUGCUGAGGCAGAGGUUUAUGACGCCAAGAAACUGGUCAGGAAGUUGUCCACAAACAGAUUCAGGAGUAUGUUUAGAGGAAUCUGGCAUUUUUGAAUGUAUAAAAAGAAAAAAAUAUAUAUUUUUGGGACUGUAUAUCUGGAAAAGUGUUUGUUCAAGUUUUUUUUUUUUAACUUGUUUAUUAUCAUCAUCAUAAUAUAUACUUUUGGAGUUCUCA